AGCUCCAAGGUGGUGCAGGGGCUGACUGGCCUGCGAAACCUCGGCAAUACGUGCUUCAUGAACUCCAUCCUGCAGUGCCUGAGCAACACCAAGGAGCUGCGGGAUUACUGCCUGCAGAACCAGUACCUGCGGGACAUCCACAACAACAGCCGCACGCGCACCGCACUCAUACCUGCCUCUCUGCACACAGAGUUUGCAAAGCUGCUUCAGCUGCUCUGGACCUCGUCCCCCAAUGAGAGCGUGAGCCCCUCCGAGUUCAAGAUCCAGAUCCAGAGAUACGCCCCCCGCUUUGUCGGCUACAACCAGCAGGAUGCACAGGAGUUCCUGCGGUUCCUCCUUGAUGGACUGCACAGCGAGGUGAACCGUGUGCUGGUGCGGCCACGGGCGAGCACGGACACCCUGGACCACCUCCCUGAUGAUGAGAAGAGCCGCCAGAUGUGGAGGAGGUACCAGGAGAGGGAGGACAGCCGCAUCAGCGACCUCUUCGUUGGGCAGCUGAAGAGUUCACUGACAUGCAGCGAGUGCGGCUACUGCUCCACAGCCUUUGAUCCCUUCUGGGACCUGUCCCUGCCCAUCCCCAAGAAAAGCUAUGGGGAGGUGACCCUCAUGGACUGCCUACGGCUCUUCACCAAAGAGGAUGUGCUGGAUGGGGAUGAGAAACCGACAUGUUGUCGCUGCAAAGCCAGGACAAGGUGCACGAAGAAAUUCAGCAUCCAGAAGUUCCCCAAGAUCCUGGUGCUCCACCUGAAGCGCUUCUCAGAGGCCAGAAUACGAACCAGCAAGCUCACAACCUUCAUCAACUUCCAGCUGAAGGACCUGGACCUCCGGGAAUUUGCCUCGCAGAGCUGCAACCACGCCGUUUACAACCUCUACGCCGUCUCUAACCACUCGGGCACCACCAUGGGCGGACACUACACCGCCUAUUGCAAGAGCCCCAUCUCCAGCGAGUGGCACAGUUUCAAUGACUCACGCGUUACCCCGAUGUCAUCCAGCCACAUCCGCAGCAGCGAUGCCUACCUGCUCUUCUAUGAACUGGCGAGCCCAUCCUCCCGCAUGUAG